ACCAACCUCACCCCCACCAACCCUAGGACCUUUGUGCUAUCUUUCUUCACACCUCCAGUCCUCCACCCACCCUCGCUUCCCAGUCGCGUACGUGUGCAGUUCACACCAACCCCCACACUGAUCGCCCGCAUCUGCAUCGGGAGCGUGAAGGAAGAAAAAAUAGGAGGACAUGACGCUGCUGUGUGUGCCGCUGGUGGGGCGGACGGUCGAGGAGAUGAAGAUCGACGCGGCGGCCGCAGCGGCCGCAGGGGGCGACCUUGUCGAGAUCCGACUGGACUACAUCGAGGGGUUCCGCCCGCGGGAGGACCUUCCACGUCUGCUCCACAGCUGCCCACUCCCCGUCCUUGUCACCUACCGGCCUAACUGGGAAGGAGGUCGCUAUGAUGGUGAUGAUGCCACUAGAUUUGAAACACUCUGUUUAGCUAUGGAACUAGGUGUAGACUAUGUUGACAUCGAGUUAAAGGUUGCUGACAAAUUUGUUGAUUUUCUUUCUGGUAAUAAGCCAGAUAAGUGUAAACUUAUUGUUUCUUCACAUAAUUAUGAAAGUACCCCAUCCUGCGAGGAGCUUGCAAAUCUUGUAGCCAGAAUACAAGAAGUUGGAGCUGACAUAGUUAAAGUUGCAACAACUGCUACAGACAUUGUUGAUGUGUCAAGGAUGUUCCAAGUGAUGGUGCACUGCCAAGUGCCUAUGAUUGGAUUGGUGAUGAGUGAGAGAGGUUUGAUGUCAAGGGUGUUAUCCCCAAAAUUUGGUGGAUAUCUUACCUUUGGAAUACUUGAUGCUACUAAGACAUCAGCAUCUGGGCAACCAACACUUGAAGAAUUAUUGGACAUUUACAAUAUAAGGUGUAUAGGACCUGAUACAAAAGUUCUUGGUCUUAUAGCCAACCCAGUAAAGCAGAGCAAGAGCCCAAUUUUGCACAAUAAAUGUCUACAGUCUGUUGGAUACAAUGCUGUUUAUCUUCCACUUCUGGCAGACGAUCUUGCUAGAUUUCUUGACACAUAUUCAUCUCCAGAUUUUUCAGGAUUUAGUUGCUCUCUUCCUUUCAAAGUGGAUGCAGUACAUUGUUGCCAUGAACAUGAUGCUGUUGCUAAGUCAAUAGGUGCCAUAAACACUAUAGUUAGGAAAUCAGAUGGCAAAUUAGUGGGCUACAAUACAGACUACAUUGGAGCAAUUUCUGCUAUUGAGGAUGGCAUAGGAGGUCUGGGGUCAAAGGAUGCUGCUAUGUCACCAUUGUCUGGCAGGCUUAUUGUUGUUGUAGGUGCUGGUGGUGCUGCUAAGGCAAUUGCCUAUGGGGCAAAGAAGAAGGGUGCAAGAGUUGUAGUAGCAAAUCGUACCUAUGAAAAGGCAGUUACUCUUGCCAAUGCAGUUGGUGGCCAGGCCCUGAGGUUAGCCGACCUGGAAAAUUUCAGGCCUGAAGAAGGGACGAUCCUCGCUAAUGCAACAUCAUUGGGGAUGUACCCAAAUGUUGAUGGCACUCCUGUUCCGAAGAAAGCUUUAAGGUUCUAUGAUGUAGUGUUUGAUGCGGUAUAUGCCCCAAAAGUUACCCGGCUUCUACGAGAAGCAAAAGAACAUGGAGUGAAAGUUGUUAGCGGUGUAGAGAUGUUUGUUAGACAAGCCAUGGGCCAAUUUGAGCAUUUCACUGGUGGUAUAGAAGCUCCUGAAAGCCUGAUGCGCGAGAUAGCAGCACAGUAUACCUAGCAGGUUCCUUUGUCCAUCUUUUGGCAUCUUCAUCGUACAGGCUGAUGGUGAAAUAACUGGCUUGGACAAAUUAGCCCAAAGAUUCUUCAAGAUGAGUGGAUAUCAAAUUUUGACGCCUACCCAUUUUUCCACUGUGGGGGCUUAUUGUAAUGUCAAGUAUCACCUACUUGUCACCUGAUCUAAAUAAAAAGUGUUGCAUUCGUCUUGUUAUCAACGUAUAAGUAGUAAAAAGGGGCACACGAAUAAAGAGAAAAUUCAGGUUCAAAUCAAAUCAUAUUGACAAAAAGGAAAUGUCAUAACUAUGAUUCGGUGGUUGCA